UGCAUUGUCUUGGAGCAAUCCAGAAUCUGAGAAAACGAGAAACGAGAUCACCCCAGCCCCUUAUAAAAAUACCUUCAUCGGCUCCCGAAGUCCUUAGCACACUCAUCAAUCUUCUUCUCUCCUCAGUUUCUCUUGGACUUUGACCAUUCACUGCUCACUCACUAAGACUAAGCUAAUCCUAUCUCAGUCCAAACCGCGAGAAUGAAGGUCCACGGAGCCGUAUUCACAACCGCAUCCCGGAGAGUGUUCGCUUGCCUCUACGAGAAAGAGCUCGACUUCGAGUUAGUUCCGGUUGACAUGAGAGCCGGCCACCACAAAAAGGAACCAUUCAUUUCUCUCAAUCCGUUUGGUCAAGUGCCGGCAUUUGAAGAUGGAGAUAUGACACUCUUUGAGUCUAGGGCAAUUAACCUAUACGUUGCACACGCAUAUGAAGACAAGGGGACCCAAUUGAUCUGUCAUGGAAAGAAGAUGGCAAUCUUAUCGAUGUGGAUGCAGGUGGAGGCCAACCAGUUCGACCCGGUUGCUUCAAAGCUGGUUUGGGAGCUUGUUAUCAAGCUGAUCUUUGGGAUGACAACGGACACGGCGGUGGUGGAGGUGCAGGAGGCCAAACUGGGUCAAGUUUUGGACAUAUACGAGGUUCGAUUGGGUCAGUCCAAGUACUUGGGUGGAGACAACUUCACCUUGGCGGAUCUGCACCACCUCCCGAACAUUCAAUACUUGAUGGGUACCCAAGUCAAGAAACUGUUUGAUUCACGGCCCCAUGUCAACGCCUGGUGCACCGAUAUCCUGGCUAGGCCAGCUUGGCUUAAGGUUCUUGCAAUGCAACCCAACAAUUAAUCUGCAAUUGCUCUGUAAUUUAGGGAAGUAAUUUUUGCACUCCUCUUUUAUCUUUUAGCACUUCUUCUCGUGUCAUUAUUCAUGUGAAUUGAGAAAAUUAUCCUUCAUAUGUGGAAACUGGAAAGUGAAUUAAGACACAAGGAUAGUU